UGCACGCGGCGCGUGCGACGUGCAGUGCGUACGGAAAGCCACGCCGAUAAACUGUCGAAAAGUUUGUUUUUGCGGUGAUAAGGGUAGGCUUUUUCUAUCCGAUACACGACCCAGUGGCUCCGUCGGUCGUCGCAUCGAACUCGUGCGGACCCAACUUGCGGCCAGACGAACACCUCGUCCUCCGAGGAACUUGGAGGGUGCCUUUGUGAAGGAGUGCAAGGGUAUUUCGGGGCUGGGGCCAGCGGUUACGCGACUCUGCGAGUUCAUCGGCUCCGCGGUAGAGUUAACGUUGCCCGAAGAGCAAGCUACCGCUCCGUAUUCUUUUUUUUUGUUCCCCACGUGCGGCGAACGACAAACACCGGCUGUGACUUCGGGUACCGGUCGAUGGUUUCCCAGUCCCGCGAGCGUCUUUGGUGCCAGCGGUGCGCACGGCAGCGUGGUGCACGAACGAUCACCCCUACAUAUCGGGUAGGUCAUGCGGCGAUAGCAGCCGGUCUGCUAAAUCACCUCAUCGACGACUGGCGGUCAGCGACCGGAAUUCUGCCGUCCUGAAGCGGGGACUGUCUUCACGUGGACGGGCCGACGCUGCAGAGAGCAGGACGACAAUGACGUCACUGAGAGGCCAAGUGGUUCAACUAUACAAGAACCUCCUGCACCUGGGCAGGGACUACCCCAAGGGCUAUGACUACUUCCGUACGAGGCUCAAGGCAGCGUUCAUGAAGAACCGGGAAGUGACAGACCCUGAGCAGCUUUCUGUCCUGCUCGCUCGUGGCCAAUACAUCAUCAAGGAGCUGGAGGCCUUGUACAUGCUCAAGAAGUAUCGCACCCUGAAGAAGCGGUAUUAUUCCGACCGUUGAGCUUCGUCUGUGAUGGAGGAAGCCCACUAGGAGAAGGCAACGUUCCAGUGUACUGGUAUAGCCGCAUGCCUUCGAGAAAAUGGGACUGGGGUUGCUGUGCUGCAAGUGUGAAUAAAAGAUGAAUUGUUAUUA